GUGACGCUCCGCUCCGUUUCAUAGCAACGCAAACUUGCACGCUAAGCGGCUUUGACUAGCUGACCAAGGUGUACUGUGAAACGGACAAAUUUACGAUAAAUUUACAAUCUGAAGGGUUUUGAAACCCUGGAAAAUGAGCCGCUCCAUCGGAAUACAAGAAGCUGUGCCGGAGGAAGCAGGAGUUUCCAAUCACGCAAAUAAGAGCCAAGUGUUCGGAGAUUAUUCUAAGCAGAAGCAGGAAAUGAAGGAGAAUAAAGAUGUCAGGAGAAGUCAGAAGCAAGUGGAGCAGAGUGAAAGGAAAUUGCUUAAACUGCAGAAUGACGGGACAGAGCUCAUCACUAACAUUCAAGUUGCUGGGGACUUCAAAGAAUCCCAGAGAAGAGCAGAGCUAGAAGAGGCCUCUCUGCACAGAAUCCAGAAGCUAGAGAACGAGGCUAAAAUUUGUCUAGAGAAGUUUGAAGAGAUCACCGAGAAGUGGGGCAUGGUCAGGCAGACGGUGGUUCCUCAGGACCUGUGGGAAUCAUUAAAGAGCCAGCAGGCACUAUGUACACUUCUCCUGGAAGACAAGAACAAACUCAUAUAUGAGCUGCAGCAGGAGCUAAAGGCAAGUGAUGAACAAUACGUGAAGAACUUAAAGAAACAGGCAAAAGAUGUUGAUCUUUUGACUGAGAGAAUGGAGGAGCAGAUCAGGAAUCUGAUGGGAUCCUACCACGAAGAGCUGGGUCAGAUUGAGAACGCCUUUGAGCAAGAACGGAAGGAGCUUCUGAAGAGCAACCGUCAGAAGUGGGAAGAGGCGAUGAAGGAUCACCGCCACAAAGAGCUGGAAUAUCUGCUGCAGAGAAGGAAGACGGCAGAGGGAUAUGAGAUGCAGAUACAACAGUUAAGAAUGGAGAAUGCAGAGAAGUGUAACGUGACACAGAUCAACCUGGACAGCAAAGUGCAGAUGCUGGAGCAGCAGAUACAGCAGAUGAAGGCGACAUGCCAGCUGAACCAGGAGAAGCUAGAGUACAACCUCCAUGUGCUGAAAAAGCGGGACGAGGAAAACGCCGUCACCAAAUCGAAACAAAAGCGUAAAAUCACCAGACUUCAGGAUGUCAUGAACAACCUCAAGGUCAGAUGUGCCAAGCAGGAGAAGCAGUCUUGUGUAGAGAACCAGUCUCUCACUGAUGACUAUAGACGCAUUAUGCAGCAAUAUAAGCACAUGCAGAAAAAAACGAGGCACUUCGUGGCUACAGAUUCUAAGACGUUCGAGGAGAUCUGGCAAAUGAAUGAGGCAGAGGUGAAGGAGCUGGUUAAGAAGGCCCUGGAGACCGAUCGACUGCUGCAUGAGCAGCAGCUGGGUCUGGCCUGGGUGCCGCCCGAUCUGUACUUCAUGAAACGGUCUGACCCAGAGGUCCAGCAGCGUCAGAAUGGCAAAUCGGCAAUGCAGGCGGUAGCUGAUCUUCUGAAAGGGGGAGGUCAGGAUCAAGCGAUAUCCUCCAGCCAUGAGCUUGUAGGCCUGGAGCGUGUCGAGAUAAAGGAGGCUGCUGAGAGCUCGGGAAUCUCCGCAGACACUUUGAAAAGGCUGCUGGAGCUCCUCUGCGACGAGACGGGUUUUUUGAUAGAGAGUAAAUUUCUGAAACUCCUCUCCCCCUUGGAGAAAGAUGAAGAAUCUCUCAUGAAGCUGGAAUCGAUAUUUUUGGUAUUGGGAAUAGAGAAUGAAGAGGACAUGUAUAAACUGGCAAAUUUCUUCAUAAAAUACAAACAAAGGGAUGUGAAGGAGGUAACUCCAGAGGGGGCUCACGGUGAGUUUGAAGGAGCCCGCUUGGAAUUCAGAGAGAUCAGCAUGUCAGAACUUAUUCAUCGCAACGACGUCCUGAAGGCCCUACGGACGUUCACCUCAGACCACUGCAAAUCCAGAGAGAUGCGUCUGCAGUCCAAAAGCCUGAGUUUCCGGGAGAAGGACAACUCAGAAGAUUCAGCCUACUGGGAAGCCAUGGCCGAUGUCAUCCCUGCAUCCAGGCUGAAGAUCUGGAAUGCACUGGAGGCUGCACUGGAGAAGUACUACUCUGUUCUGAAAGAGAGAUCGAAGCUUCUUGGGGAAACACAGGGUCUGCAGCAGCAGAACACGGAGUUGAAGAUGCUACUGAACCAGUACAUUAAUGCCAAGGUCAGAACCUAACCUUACAGCAUUAUAUUAGACCAAGCUACUGGAACGGCUUCCCUCCUUCAGCUGUACCUACUCAUCGGAGAAAGGGCUCUGGACGUUGGACUACCUUCCAGCAAAUCCACAUCCCCUUGAGGUGGGAUUCUCUUGUUGUGUCAGUGUAGACGAGAUACAGAUGUAACCUCACCGCUCAGCAUGACGUGAGAGUGGCAUUGUCAAGCCUGAAACCAUGUUCUGAAAAAUGUGAAAUGAAAAACAGGCUCCUGUAGCCACUAAUGCAGAGAUUCGACUUUCUUACAAUAUCAGAGUUAUGCGGUUAUAAUUGUUCUGUUUUUUUGCACUUAAUUGUUCAAAUUUCCGGCAAAAUGACUGCAAUUCUAAAAAUGCAGAUGCUUUGAUAAAAAAAAAAAAAAAUGUUUCCAUAGCUUGCUUCUUUGCUUGCAUAACAGGAAUUAUUGAAAGAAAUGCAAAAUGUAAUACACAGUACAUCUUCUUGAUGUUAUUACAAUAAAAAAAAAAAUGACUCAUUCUGUUA